AUGUCGGCCGCCCUCACUGUGGACGCUAUUUUGUUUGGGCUGCUGGUGUUUUGUGGCAUUCUGGGAAAUGUCCUGGUCAUCUACGUGGUGGUUCAGGCUUCCACCCAGAGUCCAUCGAGGAGACUCCGUCCCUCGGACACCAUCUUGGUGCACCUUUCGCUGGCCAACCUUCUCACCUCGCUGUUCCGCACCGUUCCCAUCUUUGUGUCGGACUUGGGCUUGAACGUGAGUCUGUCUCCGAGUUGGUGUCGGGUCUUCAUGCUGCUGUGGGUGUGGUGGCGAGCUGUGGGCUGCUGGGUGACCUUGACGCUUAGCGUCUUCCACUGCACCACCCUCAGGCGGCAUCAAGUCAACUUCGGACCCCUGGCCCAGCAGCGGGAAAGGCGUCGGGUGUGGAUUGUCCUGGGGAUAGUGUGGGGUGCCAACCUGGCUUUCUCGGUCCCGGCUCUGGUCUACAGCACCCAUGUCCAUGGGAACGCCACUGUGGAACUGAUGGUGAUCAGCUGCACCACCCGGCCUCUGCUGGGCUGCAUAUGGGAGUUUCCCUCCAGCCAGCAAGGGGCGGCGUUCGCCUCCGCGUCGUUGGCCCUCAACGAGGUGCUGCCAUUGGUGCUGAUGGUGUGUACCAACUUGGCCACUCUGCACUCCCUGGCCAAGCACAUCAGGGCGGUGACGGCGGCCGGGGAGCACGGCGAGCUGGACAAGCAUGUGUCCAGCGAGCGAAAGGCGGCGCACGUAAUCAUGUUGAUGGUGUCGCUCUUCGUGGUCUGCUGGGUGCUGCAGGUGGCUGCUGUGACCUACUACAACCACGACAGGGGGCAUCACGCCGAGGGCCUGCUGACCGUGGCCCACUUCUCUGCCUCGCUGUUCGUGGGCUUCUGUCCAUUGGUUGUAGCCCUGGGGCAUGGUAAGCUGCGGAAGAGGAUCGUGGGCAUGGCGAUGGGCUGGUCCGGACUUCUUAAAUGGCACCGCACCAACACUAAAGCGCCACCGGCUGAGGAGCAGAAAAAACAAACGGUUUUUGUUGUUCACAAGCAGAAAACUCACAAAAGUGAGAGUUAA